GCAGGGCUGGGCACGGCCGCGGACGCCGGGCGCCCCGUUCCCCGCCACGCUGCAGGCGCCGGGCCCGGGCCAUCAGGGAAGCUGUGACCCGAGCGCUGUCCGGGAGGCGAGCUGGGGGUGCGCCCGGACCCCCGCCCCCGGGAUCAUGGGGAAUGGCAUGACCAAGAUGCCAAAGACCCGGAUCAGCUGGGCCGGAAUAAGAUCACACACAUCAUCUCUAUCCAUGAGUCAUCCCAGCCUCUGCUGCAGGAUAUCACCUACCUUCGCAUCCCGGUGGCCGAUACCCCUGAGGUACCCAUAUGCUCUCAUCGCAGACCUCAGAGUGGGACCCCUGUGCCUCCUUCCACUGAUUUCCUUGAAAAGCCAAAAUAAGCCCACUGUGAAAAUAGGAUCCACAGGACCACUGGAGAGCAAAAAGCACUUCAAAGAAUGUAUCAACUUCAUCCAUUGUUGCCGCCUCAAUGGGGGGAACUGCCUUGUGCACUGCUUUGCAGGUAUCUCCCGCAGCACCACCAUUGUGACAGCAUAUGUGAUGACUGUGACGGGCCUAGGCUGGCUGGACGUGCUUGAAGCCAUCAAAGCCACCCGGCCCAUCGCCAAUCCCAACCCAGGUUUUAGGCAGCAGCUUGAAGAGUUUGGCUGGGGCAGUUCCCGGAAGCUUCGCCUGCAGCUGAAGGAGCGCUUCGGGGACAGCCCUUUCCGCGACGAGGAGGAGGUGCGCGCGCUGCUGCCGCUAUGCAAGCGCCGCCGCCAGGGCUCUGCGACCUCGGCCGCCUCCGCCCCGCCGCACUCGAGCGCCUCCGAGGGAGCCUUGCAGCGCCUGGUGCCGCGCACGCCGCGCGAAGCCCACCGGCCGCUGCCGCUGCUGGCGCGCGUCAAGCAGACUUUCUCUUGCCUCCCGCGGUGCCUGUCCCGCAAGGGCGGCAAGUGAGGAUCCCGCCCCGCCGUGACUCCCCUCUUCCUCCCGACUGGUCCCCUUCGGGAAUUGUUUGCGUCUCCCGCGGCCUCCAGGACGGGCCCAGAGGCUGCGGGAGCCCGCGGCGGCCUGGUCCCCGCCCGCGAUGCCCGCCUUUGCUUGUCUGCGUCUGCAGUGAGUGUGUCCUCCAUCUGCGCGUCUCUGUGUCCGGCCGGCCUGCUGCAGCCACCU